CUACACCUGCUGUGUUAGACCUGCACCACCCACACCCUCCUAUCUCUCUCUCUCCAGGUGUGCAUGUGUUUGGUCUAUGUGCAACCGCUCUGGUCACUGACGUCAUCCAGUUGUCGACAGGUUACCACGCCCCCUUCUUCCUUACUGUUUGUAAACCCAACUACACUCAGGCCGGAGUGUCAUGUGACAAGAACCCGUACAUCACCAAAGACAUCUGCUCGGGACACGACCAGCACGCCAUCAUGGCCGCCAGGAAGACGUUUCCUUCCCAGCAUGCAACUCUUUCUGCCUUUGCUGCUGUUUAUGUGUCAAUGUAUUUUAACUCGACCAUCUCCGACAGCACGAAGCUGCUCAAACCCGUCCUCGUCUUUGCCUUCGCCAUCAGUGCAGCGAUAUCGGGUCUGACACAGAUCACUCAGCAUCGCAGUCAUCCCAUCGACGUCUACGUCGGCUUCCUCAUCGGAGCCUUCAUCGCCACCUACCUGGCGUUUCACGCUGUGGCUAACUUCAAGUCGUCUGAUGACAACACUCCAACCCCGCCUCCCCCUCCUCCAAAAGAAGACCCUCUUCGAGCGCUGACAGAGCGAGGACACGAGUCCGUCUAUAACAAGGGACCCGCCUCCGCCUCAGAAAGUAAUGAUGAGAUUGCGGCCGGUCCACCCCCCAUAGACCGGCUGGAGGGCCUCGGGCCCCUGCAGAGGGAGAAGACCUCCAUGGGGAGCCUGAAGAGGGCCAGUGUGGACGUGGAGCUUCUGGCUCCUCGGAGCCCGAUGGGGAAAGAGAACAUGUUGACCUUCAGUCAUACGCUGCCGAGGGCCAGCAUGAGUAUUAACGGGGUCCUAGGGGCCAACGAGAGACCAGAAGACCCGGUUCAGCCAGUUCAACCAGUGCAGCCGGUGCAGCGGCGUCUGAAGGCCGUGCAGGUUCCCAUGGACCCAAUGCGUUCACAGCAGCUGGUGUCGGAGUGGAAGCAGAAGUCGAUGGAGAUGAGAGGCCUGAGCAUUCGGGAUGAGGCGGAGCGGGAGGCCAGCGAGGAUGGCUCAGAUGUGGGCUCUGUGGGGACUGACGAUGGGGGGUCUCAGGUCCCUAUCUACCAACCUGCGGUGCAGUCUGUGAGGUCAGCUUCCAGUCACAACCCUACUCCACCUCAAGGGGGCGCCAAAGCUGUGGCAACUCCCAGACCACCACAGAUUCCUGAAGCAGGACCCCCACCAGUGUCGCCAAAGAGCGCCCUGACUCGUGCCAAGUGGCUCGCCAUCCGGGAGAAGACAAGUGGGGAUGGGUCGGCCCGUGGUGCUGCUAACCAGCCACGACUCAUGCAGGUCAUCGCCAUGUCAAAGCAGCAGGGACUCCUCCCCUCCUCCUCUGGGGAAAAGUCCUCUGAGACCACCUCCACCUGCUCCGGUGCCUCCUCCACAACCAACUCACCGCACUACCGCCCCCCCUAUGAGCAGCAGAGGGAGGGGUUGGGUAUCAUCACGGUGGAUGCCCAUGCCCCCCACCAUCCUGUUGUCCAGGCCCUGCCCCCUCCUCAGGCCCCUUCCCUCACAGGUAAUGGUAACCCGUGGGAGUUGGCGGGGGCACCAAAUGGGGGCGACUCGCGGGACUCCUACGACCUCAACUGCCUGAACCGAGGAGACUCGGUAGCACACAACAGCAGCUUCCGGCCACACCGAUCCACCUCACGGUGCGCCACUAUCAACCCUGACCCUGCCCUGCCCCCUUCUCACUCCCAGGAGGACAUGUCGGUGGAUGCUAAGAUCGCCAUGAGACGCAAGACGGCUCUAGUCCUGUUGGAUCGAGAGAUUCGUAACCAGGGUGACCAGGAAAACUAUUAUAAGAGUUUGCAGGGACGGAGGUUCAAGGAUUAGUCUCUUACCCUUUUUAAAAUUAAAGCCUUAUUUUAAAACUGCUCACUAACAGCGAAGAACCUGCUCAGUGCCGACAUGUUCAGUUCUGAUGCUCGGAGGCUCAAGUGUGUCCAUCAAUCCGGAUUUUUGUCCAGUGUUGUCCGCCAGAGGCACUGUUAAAGUUAUAAUAUGACACAUUUAGUUUAAUCACGUCACACAGAAUACAAGUUCAGUUGAGGUUGUGGGAUGAGAGUGAGGUUGUGGAAUGAAGGUGAGGUUGUUGCGACUUGUAUACUUUCACUAACAUGAAACCCCCCCACUUAACGUUGGCAUAAGCAAAGUGAAACCCGUCUCGUCAGAAGUGGAUCCAGUAAAAUGUCUUCCUGACGACAGAGCUGUGAAUUUAUCUGACGUCUAAUCCGGUGAGGCGACCGACCACAGUCUCCGAGCAGGAAGCUGGAAAGUUCCCAGGGCAACUUGUUUUUUAAUUACCUGAAGUCAAAGAAAGUAUUUAUGAGGAAGCACAAACCUGAAACGUGCAGUGAAGACCCUGUGAUUGUUUCCUGUGUUCAGACCAUCACGACUCCGCCCACCGCUUUCAUGACCUCAGGAUGUCGUGGUGGUGGCGUGUCAGUCGCAUGAGAUCUUACACUGACUGCAUAUUACCUGGAUGAGUGUGUUGCGUUGUGAUGGCUAUAGUGAUUCUCAGCAUGUUGGUUUGUUUGGUGCUGCUCUGUGAUUGGUCGAGGCUGCGCAUCUGUGUGAAUGUUUGUAUUAACAUGAGAUUAAAUAGUUAUCUAGAUAAUGAUAUUCAGAAUUUAAAGAUACAUUCCAUGAUUUUAAAGUUUCCUGUGUUUGUUACUAAUAUACAGUAUCUUAAAUAGGCAUUUGUGAAUAAAUCAUAAAACCAAGUUAAUAACUUGUAUUGACGUUUAUGAAAAAACGUUUACACCUAAAGUUGUAAUUUGUUCAAAAUGAGCACGAAGUCAAACCUUUCAGAAUAAAAGUCAUAUGUUUGGAUGUAAUAUUAGAAAAUCCCACAGUGACCUGAAACUAAACGAGUGUGUAUCUGUAAAUCUGAGGCUGAUGAUUGUGUCUGUGUAGUUACUGUGUUUGUGUUGUUGCACGUCGACGGCUCGAUAUCCUCAUCAUCUCUUUUUAAAUUCCUGAAAACUGAAAAGAAACUGAAUGUAAAAAACCUGUUUCUGUAAAUGUUGUGACGGGAAAAAUGUGCCGCUCUGAAAAAUAAACGGAGGAUGGAUGCUGCAUGCUCGUCUGAUGAACAAUAAAAAAAUCCUACUUCUUCGACAUGGAGUCCUUCAAAAUGAAAUAAUUCAGUGUUCAGAAUAACGUUCGGCAGAAUAUUGUAUCAUGUUUAUUUAAAUACUGUUGUUCAAAUGAAACUUUAUUGUUCUAAAACA